AUGGCUCUACUACCGCGCAACUAUGGCGCCAUGAUAUGCAAUGGACCAUUCAAUGGUGGCACCGGCUUGGAUCUCCGAGAAGCAAAGAGUAACGUUGUGGACUUCUGUACCAGCGUGGCGCAAGCGAAUGUCGGCAUCGAUGCGAACCAGACGGCAACCUAUAAGACUUCUCGCGGCGACUCAGAUAUGAGUGUGUCAAUCACUUACUCCAGCACAUGCGAAGCAGAUGCGGUCUACACCAUUGACAUCAACACAUGUGAGCAAACCUUCUACAGGAUACUGGAGGAAUGCGACAGCCAUGUCAAAGGCAACCUAGGACACUUCGGCGGCAAUGUCACCAACGAUUGUGGUGUCUAUGAUAUCUCAACCGAGAUCAAGGAGAUUGUUCGAUGUGGCGGCAACCCAUACAAUGAUCCAAUGGAUCUGUACACUUCUGCCAUCGACGACGCGAUCUACGAGUACUGCAACAAGUCCUUGAUGCUGAGUUCGAGUUUCGAGAAUAACGACAAGUUCUUCCAGUCUGUGCCGCCAGGAAAGUCCUACCACAACUAUGUCUCGAGCAGUUUGCUUGUCAGGAUCAUGACGCAGUUCAGCGAUCAGGGACAGGAGGAUUGCGCUGUGACAGCGGACUUCAACACAAAGGGCGAAGAGUGUCGAAGGAAGUUGUCGGCUUUGCGCGAUCAAUGCGGUGUGCAAGGAGGUGGAUUGAGUGAGAACGGGAAGAAUGGAUGUGUUCUAUGGACUAUGUGGGGACAACAUCUGCGCUGA